AGCGGCUGCUUCGGUGGGGCCCGCGGCAUUGUCAUCAACAUCAUCAUGACUUCGGCGGCGCUGGAGAUUUUGGGGCUGGGGUUGGGCAUCCUGGGGUGGGUGGGAGUGAUCCUGGCUUGCGGGUUGCCCAUGUGGCAAGUGUCGGCUUUCAUCGAAGCGAACAUCGUGGUGGCUCAGACCAUCUGGGAAGGGCUGUGGAUGAACUGCGUGGUGCAGAGCACGGGGCAGAUGCAGUGCAAGGUGUACGACUCCAUCCUGGCACUGCCGGCCGAGGUGCAGGCGGGUCGGGCGCUGACCGUCCUCGUGGCGCUGCUGGGGCUGGUGGCCCUGAUGGUGACCGUGGUGGGCGCCCAGUGCACCAACUGCAUCCGACCCGGCAAGGUGAAGUCCCGCAUCGUGAUCGCCGGCGGGGCCAUCUACAUCCUCUGCGGGGUCCUGGUCCUCGUCCCGCUCUGCUGGUUCGCCAACAUCGUCAUCAGGGACUUCUACGACCCCACGGUGCCAACCUCCAAGAAGCGGGAGAUGGGGGCCGCGCUCUACAUCGGCUGGGCAGCCACGGCCCUGCUGCUCUUCGGGGGCUGCCUCAUCUGCUGCUGCUCCUGCUCCCAGCGCGACGAGACCUCCUUCCCGGUCAAGUACUCCGCGCCGCGGCGACCCACCUCUAACGGCGAGUACGACAAGAAGAACUACGUCUGAGCGGGGCGGCCCCGCUCCCCGCCCGGCGGGGACGCGGGCGGGCGGCUGCAGCGCUGCCCUGCCUUGACUCUGCCCUCGACGGCCCGCCCCCGCCAAGCGGCAGCCCCAGGCAGGGCAGCGCCCGGCUCCCCGGGCCGUCCGCUCCGCGCCGCCGGCGUCCGGCACCCACCCGGCACAGCCCCGCCGGGCGGCGGCUCCCCGGCCGGGGCACCGAGGAGCCCGGGCGAGCCGCCCCCGCCGGCGCCCCCGCAGCCCCCGGCCCGCCGCCGGCGGAGCUGCCGGCGCUUUGCCGCCGGGCCUGCACUGUCGCCGAGGAGGAGCUGCCCUUCGUCCUUGUCUCUCCUGAAAACCUGCAUCUGGCUCUUCCAGCUGGGACUUUCACUGGUUGGGGGCUUUUUUUGUUCUUCUAUUUGGGCAACUAAACUAGGGGUUCUCUCUAAAGCAUGACACUAACCUUGGGCCUUCUGCCCGCUGGCAGUUAACUCUUUGGAGAAGGGUAUUUGAUUUUCUUCGGUUGUUUCAGUCCCUCAGAGAGGUGCGUUGCUCGGUGUGUCUUUGAGACCUUCGAAAGAGAUUUCGGGUAGUUGCUGUCGUUUAGUGGAGUACAAGCCAGAUUGUACUAGGUUGCCCCUUAAGGUUCUUCAUCCCUUCUCCUUCAUCAGCUCCUGUUCUGUUUUUACUUGAAUAUGAACUCAUUGCCAGAAUUCCUGGAGGACUAGAUUCAGAGACCCAGGAGACCUUUGCGUGUCCUGGCUCCAGCGGGGCAUCCCCUGCAUCCUCUCAUCUGCACUACGGGGACCAGGAACAGACAAACUGCCGCAGGUGUCGGUGGCUGGGGUACGGACGGCUCUCGUGGCCUCCCCGCUUGCUGCCAGUUUUGAAUUGGGUGUUCUGUCGGACCUGCACUUGGUUGGCUCCCCACCAUAAUUUUAACACGUGCUUUCCUUCGUGUACCAAAUCAGGCAAAGAAAUUGCUAGAAUUUCACCAAAUAUCUUGGCUGAGACUUUAUGCAGGCUAAUUGGGAGAUGUGAAGUCAUGGCUCUCGCAGCUCCUCCGUAUUGCCCUGGUAACACUCUGCAGACUGGAAGGAAGAUGCUCUGGGCAACAUAACUCAUUUUCUGAGCUCAACACCUGCUAAACUUUGCCACAGCCUGGAAUAUCAGCAUACACCUCUCCAUUUCACGCUGCAGAGACAAACUGUACAGAAAGGGUUAGGGGGUGGUGCGUUAUGCUUCCAUGCAAAUUGUACUUUUAAAUCAAGACAGAAUUCUGCUGCAGACUGUGGCAGCGUCUGUAUCACCAUAAGGAGAUUUCUGCCAACUAUUAGCGAGGGAGCUUGCUGUGCGUGUUCCUCAGUGCAGCUCCGCGACCUCAUGGGUGCCGCCGAGCCGGGCAGCGGCACCGCACACAGCGCACCCAGGCAGCAGCUGCUCCGGCACCGAGACUCAUGGACUGCGCGGAACCACGGGCUUGGGGCAGAUUUACACCGACUGCGUUCCUGCUUCGCUUAGCAAAUUUGCAACCCCAGCGGUAUCAAUAGUACACAGACCCGAAUGAGAGACUAAGGCUUGUGCCUGCCAACACUGCUGUUGAACACUGAGCACACGAUUUACCCUUUUAAAAAUAACUGCUUUCCUUUAUAAGCAUGCAGGGUCUGAACCCAUCAGCCAAUACAAAAGCAGAGCAAUACCUCUAGAACUAGUUCUGUUCUAUAAAGAGGUGCAGUUCUUACACCAUCUGCAUUUAAAUAAAGGUAUAAUAUUGUUGUCAUGAUGUGAGAUGUAGUUUUGGUACAAGAAUGAAAUAUUCUGUAUUUCAUCAUUGCAACUUUUUUUUAAACAGUGUAACCUUGUAAACUGUAAAUGUAUUUAAAUGCAUAUAUUUUGCAAGAAAUCUGCCAAAGCUGG